GGCACCCAUGUGCUCGCCCGGGGACUGCUCCUCACCAUGAAUGACCAGUACCACCGGGCCGCCCGGGACGGCUACCUGGACCUGCUGAAGGAAGCCACCAAGAAGGACCUGAACUCGCCGGACGAGGAUGGCAUGACCCCGACCCUAUGGGCUGCCUACCACGGCAACCUGGACGCCCUGCGCCUCAUUGUCAGCAGAGGGGGCGAUCCAGACAAAUGUGACAUCUGGGGGAACACCCCUCUCCACUUGGCGGCAGCCAACGGCCACCUGAACUGCCUUUCCUUCCUCAUCUCCUUUGGGGCCAACAUCUGGUGCCUGGACAAUGACUACCACACCCCGCUGGACAUGGCAGCCAUGAAGGGACACAUGGAGUGUGUGCGGUACCUGGACUCUAUUGCUGCCAAGCAGAGCAGCCUCAACCCCAAGCUGGUGAGCAAACUGAAGGACAAGGCCUUUCGGGACGCGGAGAGGAGGAUUAAGGACUGUGUGAAGCUGCAGAAGAAGCACCACGAAAGGAUGGAGAAACGGUACAGAAAGGAGAUGUCGGACAAUUCAGACACCAUGAGCUUUUCCAGCUAUUCAAGCAGCACCUUAAGCAAGAAGUUCCAGCACAUGUCUAUGGUGACCUCCCUGCCAUACUCACAAGCCACCAUCCACGGCACAGCCAAGGGAAAGACGAAAAUACAAAAGAAACUGGAGAAGAAGAAGCAGGUGGACGGGACAUUCAAGAUCUACGAGGACGGGAGGAAGAGCGUGAGGUCCCUGUCCGGUCUGCAGCUGGGCAACGACGUCAUGUUUGUGAAGCAGGGCACGUACGCCAGCCCCAAGGAGUGGACUCGCCGCAAUAUCAGGGACAUGUUCCUCACGGAUGAAGACACCGUGUCCCGUGCCAUAAGUGACCCGGGCUUGCACAUGGACUCGGCCCACUCGGAAGUCAGCACCGACUCUGGCCACGAGUCCCUGUUCAACCGCCCCGGGCUGGGCACCAUGGUGUUCCGGCGCAACUACGUCAGCAGCGGGCUUUUUGGGAUCGGCCGGGAGGACGGGGGCGCGCUGGGAGAGGACAACGCGGACGGGAUGGGCGUCAAACUGCGGAGCCGCCUGCAGCGCUCGCCAAGUCUCAACGACAGCAUUGGCAGUGCCAACAGCCUGCAGGAGAGGAACGCGGAGGAGCUGCCCUGGGACGAGGUGGAGCUGGGCUUGGACGACGAUGAUGAACCAGACACCAGCCCCUUGGAGACUUUUCUGGCUUCCCUGCACAUGUUUGAGUUCAUCUCCAUCCUGAAGAAGGAAAAGAUUGACUUGGAGGCCCUCAUGCUGUGUUCAGACCAUGACCUGAAGAGCAUCAAUAUCCCACUGGGCCCCAGGAAAAAGAUUGUGGAUGCCAUCCAGAGGAGACGACAAACUCUGGAGAAGCCAGAUGUCAUUGUAGACACUGAACUGUAA